AUGCUCAUCCAGAAGGCACAGCCCGCCUCCGUCAAACUCAUCCCGUCCGACAACGGGACCCGCUACAAGUGCGUCUACGACAGGGGCAGCAAGGACCCUACGCGGCGCUACGAGGUCACGGUCUCCCGCGGUUCCGUCCUGACUGUCAUCGGCCGGUUUGCGACGCUGGAGGACGCCGCGAUCUGCUACGCCCUCUCGCCCGAGGGGCAGAAACAUGCGGCCAAGCUCGCCGAGGCGGAGGCGCUGCAGGAGGAGCAGAACAUGACGAGCGCCGAGGCCCGAGCGACGGCCGCCAAGGAGGGGCUGGAGCUGCAUACGAACGGCUCGGGCUCGGGCUUUGUGGGCGUCGUCCGAACGUCACAGACCUGCAAGCUGCCUUUCACGGCAAAGGUGAAGCGCGGGCGCAAGUACACGAGCCUCGGCUACUUCAGGUCGGCUGAGGCGGCCGCUCUCUGUUACGCCCGCUCGCCCGAGGGCCGGGCGGCGGCGGAGGCCAAGCGCGCCGAGGCGCAAGCGCCGCCUGCGCCUCCGCCGAUGACAGCUCCUGAUGCGCUGGCGGCGGCGGCGGCGGAGGGGCUGGUGCUGCCCACGUCCGGCUCCUCGGGCACGCGCUUCCAGGGCGUCUACUCCUCUGCGGGAACGCGAAGGCCGCUGCCCUUUUACGCCCAAUAUAGCCCCGACGGCUUCCGAACCAGCCUCGGCUGCUUCGCCACCGCCGAGGAGGCCGCCCUCUGCCGCGCGCGCGCGCUCGCGGCCCCGGCCGACGCCCCCGCCGCCGCCGCGGACGAGCUGGUCGCGACUUGCCCCAUAUGCAUCGAGCCGAUCGACGCCGGCUCUGAGCCGGUCGCCACCACCUGCCUGCACGUGUUUUGCCGCGGGUGCAUCGCCGGCUGGCUCGAGCAGGCAGUCGAGGCAACCUGCCCGAUGUGCCGCGAACCGCUCGAGGGCGCGUUGGGGCAGCUCACGGCCGUGCCGCUGCCGGCCGCCGCGGACACGAGCUCCGCCCCGCGCGGGGCGGGGCGGCGCACCGGCUGGACGCUCCUCGAGUGGCAGCAGAUGCUCGUGGAGCAGGCCUCCGUCGAGGCCGAGCUCGCCGCGCGCGCCGAGGCCACCGCCCGCUCCGACGAGCAGCAGGCGGCGUUCGUGUACCGCAGCGGCGUCCCCCGGCCCGUCGACCUGGCACGGGCCGGGUACCGUCCGCUCUUCAGCGCACGGCGUGGCGGGCACAUGGCCCGCGGCGAGGCGCACCCGCGGGCGGCGAGGCCCGUCCGCCCCGACCCGCCCGGCAACAACUUUGCCGAGGUCGAGGAAGCGCGGCGACGCCUCGACGCGCGGCGCCGCCUCGACGCUGACACUGCCAAGAAGCAGAAGAAGGGGGAGGGGCCGUAG